AUGGCCGUCCAUCAUGCGAUGGCGCUACUCGUAGCGGCCAUGGCGGUUCUUCUCCUUUUCCCUGCCGCAACACUGCCAGCGGCAGCGGACGGGUCCGUGAUGCUCCGCGCUUCCCGCCGCCUCACCCAGAGUCCCGGUCUGCUCACCGUUCCGCAAUCGCGGUUUCGUGGCGGAUCGACCACCGCUGGUGCGCAGCAGGAACGGUCGCUGGUCGAGCAGGCUGGCGGCGCAGGCGAAGCACCCGCCAAGGGCGGAGGCAGCGCAGCCACACACCACGGGCCCACCAGCGGCGCAGGCGGCGUCGCUUACAGACCCACUGACGCCGGCGGCGUUGGCGGCGCAGACGCCGGCCAAGCACCCUCCGACGCCGGCACAGAUGGCGCAGGCGGCAGCGCAGGCGGUGGAGGCGCCACCAAGGACCCCCCGACGCUGGCGCAGGCGUCGCCCACGGACCCUCUGACGCCAGCGGCGACGGCGACGGCGCAGGUGCCAGCGAAGGACCCGCCAACGCUGACGGUGCAGGCGAGACAAAGCAAGGACCCACCGGCGCAAGCGCAUGUCACACGGGCGGUCCAGGCGCCGCCAAACAAGGCCCCACCGAUUCCGACCAACCUAUUGCCCCACGUGGCGCGGCAUCACGGCGGACAUCGCGCGGAGGCCACGUCGGGAGUGCGCAUGCGGGACUUGGUGGUGUGGCGGGCCGCUAAGUUCCAGCUCAAGCUGCGAGAGGCCCGGGUGCACGCGGCGGCCGGCAAGGCCGCGGCUGCCGUGGCGCGUUCGCGCGCUUCGGCGCUGAAGGAUGCGACAAACGUGAAGGCUCCGAGUUGGAGCGGCCUGGCGCGCAGCUGCGUGGAGCAGAUGGCAUUGGCGUCGGAGAGCAUGGAGUCGGCAGCGGGGAUGAUGGCGAGCGGUGGCGAGGACGUGAAUCUGCCGCGCAUCCACCUCUCCAGCGCCAUCACGCUCGCGCUCGACUGCGCCGAGGGCUUCGACCUCUUCGCGCCGGGCAGCUCGCGCGACCCGCGCGUCAAGACCCUGCAGAAAGCAGCCAUGGACGUGCGGACGCAGGUGAUGGAGGCGCUGGGGCGAGCAGCGGACAUGGCGGCCAUGAUCGCAGCACGCGACGACACUGCUGCUGCAGCCACCGUGCCUUCGCCCUCGCCCACUCGCCGCCGCCUCCUGCAAGCCGUUGGUGCGACCAGCGGUGGUGAGGACCCCACCGUCACGGGUGCAGGCACGGCCACUGCCAUCACGGUGACCAACCCCCACAACUCCAUCCCCAACCUCAACAUUGGCACUCCCGGCACUGGGAAAGGCGCCGAACACAUAAACAACUCCACUGAGCCCACUCGCCGCCGCCUGCCGCAAGGCGUCACUGCGGGGAGGCAGGGGCAAUGCCAUCGCAAUGGCGAGGGCCGACCCCCACAACGCCAACCCCGGAACGUGCCCUUCUGGCAAUUCUGGAAUCACCCCUGGCACCGGCACCCCCGCCAAGCCGUCACUGCUGGCACUGGCAAGGCCACCACCACCGAUCCGCACUGCAGGGCACCGCCGCCUCCUUCCCCUCCUUCACCCCCUCCCCCCUCGCGUCCGCCUCCUUCCCCUCCUCCCCCUUUCCCUCCCCCUCCUUCCCCUCCCCCUCCUUCCCCUCCUCCCCCUUCCCCUCCCCCUCCCUCCCCUCCUCCCUCCCCUCCUUCUCCACCUCCCUCCCCUCCUCCGCCCCCAUCUCCGCCAAUCCCCCCACCGCCCCCUCCGCGCAUCACCCCCACGGUCACCGUGGCACAGGAUGGUUCCGGGAACUUCCUCACCGUGCAGGUGCGUGCGAGAGAGAAUGUGCGAGUGUGUGCACAUGCUUACAGCAGAGGAAAAUUCUCCCCUUCACAUCACUCGCGAGCCAGCUGCGCCCUCACAUUUCUCUCUCUGUGUGCACUCCCCUGGGGCGAGCAGGAGGCGAUCAGGGCAUACCCGGUGGGGUUCACGGGGCGCUACGUGGUGUUCAUCCAGCCGGGCUUGUACCACGAGAAGGUGGCCAUCAACUCCACGUGCAAGAACGUCACGCUGCUGGGGCUGGCUGCUGCAUCCACCGUCAUCUCCUGGAACGACAGCGCUGCUGCCGGCACCGGCACCUUCCAGUCCGCCACUGUUGCUGUGGAUGGGACUGGCUUUGUGGCCAUCGGCAUUCGCUUUGAGAACACGGCAGGGAGGGCUGGGAAGCAGGCAGUGGCGUUCAGGCAGACGGGUGACAACGCGGCCUUCUACGAGUGCGAGUUCAUUGGGUGGCAGGACACCCUGUAUGCGCACGUUGGGCGGCAGUACUACCGCAACUGCUACUUCAACGGGUCGGUGGACUUCAUCUUUGGCAACAGUGCCACCGUGCUGGACAGCUGCGUGAUCCACCUCCGCGCAUACUCGGGUGGGGUGGCCACGGCGUCGGGGCGAACCAGCUCCGUGGAGAAUACGGGCAUUGUUAUUCUCAACUCUGUCAUUCAGGGCGAUCUUGUCAACAAGACAUUCCUCAGCCGUCCCUGGAAGCCCUACGCGAGAGUGGCUGUCAUCAACACCACAAUCAGUAAUGUGCUGAAUACGACUGGCUGGCUGGACUGGCUGGGCACAAUCUACACCACUACCACGUUCAUCGAGCAAGGCAACAGUGGGCCGGGGUCUGUGGGGCCGCGCAUAGCAUGGGCUCUGCCGGGCAUCGUAGAUGACCCUGCGCAGGUCGCCAUGUACUACCCCAACAGCUUCCUCACCCCCUUCUCCUCCAUUGCCAACCUCAUUCCCUUUUCCUGGCUCUGA